CUAUCUUGCCCACUGACCUACACUUAAAAACUAAUUUAAAUUACUUUAAAAUUAUAUUUUUGUUUGUUUUAUUCACCAUUUUUAAAAUUUGCUUUAAAAUGCUGUUUUUAUUUCCUUUAUUCACGGUUCAAUUUUAUUCCCCAUUGGGUGUUGAUAAAUGCCUUGUUCGGCUUUAUUUUACUGAUAAUUGCAUAAUGUCUUGUGUGGGUCUAAAACUUACAGAGCGCAUAAUGUUUGCUUCGCACUUGAGGAAGCACCACCAAAGGAUGAUACUUCUGGUCUUACUACUAAUGAGCCCCAUUUUGUCUCGGCUUGGUCACGGGUUCAAUUGGCGCUGGGCCCUCAUAAUGGUUUGGAGUGAAAUGAAAGGAACGCCUAACAUCCACAUGGCCGUCCUGCUUGCCUACUCUGACCUUUCUCUUGGUUCUGAGUGGGAAAAAUCUCAAAUAUUAUUUCAUGGAGUGUCAGUAUGCUUAAUUACUCUGAUUGUCAAUAGAUUUGUUUUGCCAAUGGCAGUUACUGAACUAGGUCUUCAUGAUGUCAUGACAAAAUAUAAAUAUAUAAUGUAUAAAUAUUAUAGAUUCCAACACUUUCAAGAGUUAACCAAAUCUAUAGCCAUGGCACUCAAAUUUGACAAAGGUCUUGCCAAUGCAGACUGGAACAUGGUUGAAAAGGCAAUUGAACUUCAAAAUCCAUAUACAUUGAACAAAGAAGAAACAACAGAACACCAGAAGUGGAAAUGUCCAGACUGUAACAAGGAAAUAGAUGAAACACUUGACAUUGAAGCAAUGGAGCUGGCCAACAGGCAUCUCCUGUCAGCACAAAUAGCAAGCUACCAACGACAAUACAGGGAUGAGAUUCUGACCCAGAGCACAUUGCAGGUCUUAGUAGGUGCUGCAGGAAGUUCUGGAGAGAAGGGAGAAUAUAUGAGUCCUGAGACUCUAAAGACAUAUUCUGAAAGUAAAAAAUUCCUUUCCUUCAUUAGAGAAUUACUGCUCGAUUGGGCCUAUAAUACUAAAAAGGAUAAAGUGGUUCCAUCAAAAUACUCGUUUCUUCACGCAUGCCAUAAAAUAGUCUUUUCAGAUGAAUUUGAGUACACAGGAUACCUUGUGGUGUUGAUGAACACAUAUCCUAUGGUCAUCUGUUGGGUGUCUCAGUUAAAUGACAUCUAUGAAUAUGAAAUAAGAUAUGCUAACUACUAUUUUCUUACCUUUUACAUUCUAGAGGCUCUACUUAAGAUGGUAGUAAUGAGGAAGAAAUUUAUUUCAUACCACUGGCUCCUAUUUGAGUUAGGAAUCACCUUAAUCGGCAUCUUGGAUGUAAUAGUUAUUGAAACAGAUACCAUUAGUUAUGAUGGUUUAACUGAAAUAGUGAUCUUUAUGAACCUUGUUCGACUCCUUCGUGUCCUACGAAUCUUGAAGCUCAUAACACCAAAAUUGCUACAAAUAAUAGAUAAAAAGAUGACCCAUGAGAUUUCCUUUCAAUAUGCUAUACUGAAAGGAUAUGUUCAAGGGGAAAUGGAUGUCCUGAACAUAAUUGAUCAGAUUGCAAGUUCCAAACAGGCCAAACAGAUAUUAUUAAAGCGGGUAACAAAGAAUAUGGAACGUGCUAUGAAAGAGCUAGGCUACUUAGAAUAUAAUUAUCCAGAAAUUGCUGUCACUAUGAAAACCAAGGAGGAGAUUAAUGUCAUGCUUAACAUGGCUAGAGAAAUUGUCAAGACUUUCAGGUCAAAAGGAAUUAUUCACAAAGUGGAAGGUGCUGAAAUUAAUAAGUUAAUCAUGGCCAAAAAGAAAGAGGUGCUUGAUUUUCAGUCCACUAUCCAGCCUCUUGAUGCUGAAGAAGCCCUGUUUAAUAUUCCGUGGCUUGGUAAAGAUAACAACUGCAUACACUUUAUACAGGAAGGAUCCAACUUUGUAACAUUUGAUUGUGAAAAUAAUAUAUUUGAAGAAGGUGAUGAGCCACAAGGAAUCUAUAUAAUUAUAUCAGGCAUGGUCAAGCUUAAAAGAACAAAACCACAAUUGGAGAAUGCCCAAGUACCCUUGGAAUCAGAGGGAAAAGCUUAUUCAAUAAUUUAUACAGAGUAUUUGCUCAGUGGGGAAAUAAUAGGCGAGUUAAACUGCUUAACUAAACAACCAGUGCAGUAUUCUGCUACUUGCAAAUCUUCAGUGGAGGCAUAUUUUAUUCCCAUUGAUCACUUGUAUGAAGGCUUUGAAAAAAGAUUUCCUGUCCUGAAACAUAAAAUGUGGCAAAAAAUUGGACUUGCUAUCGCGGCCCAAAAACUCAGAGAACACAUAUCUUUUGAGGACUGGAACUACAAGAUGCAGUUAAAGCUCUGUAAUGCUUUUAUAAAAGAUAUACCAAAGGCCACAAAAACUGAUAUCUAUGAUGAGACCAUAACCCACGUUAUCCUCAUACAUGGAUCUGCAGAAGACUGUCAGUUGCGAAAAAUUUAUAAGGCACCUUUUUUAAUUCCUGUAACAUGCCAUCGGAUACAAGGCACUGAAGAUUUCACAAAAGUAAUGAUCAUUCAAACUUCAGCUGGUGUGAGAAAAUUCAGAUGGAAUGUAAAAAAGUUUAUAGCAUCAUCUAAAGUUUCUAUGACACCACAAUUAAAAGAUUCAAUUGAAACAUUGGAUGAAAGCCUCAAUGACGAAGCACGUAGUAAGGAUGAGAUGAACUUACCGCCUUUACAUUUUAAUAAGAUGCUUUUGCUCUUUGGUGUUAAAUCUUGGUUGUUUCUGGGCUUACUCUCUUCUCCCUCCCCACCACUACAACCCCCAGAUUGUGGCUCUCCUUUACAAGAUGAAAACCCUUCAAAGAUCUGUCACAACAUCAAGCUGCUCCUUGUUCUGGUCCCCAGGAUGGAACAGCAGAGCUGCCAUUGCCACGGUCCCAGUCCUCGCUCAUCUGCUCUAAGACAAUUCCACACUAGCCCCACUCCGUAA